UGCCCUGUGAGCCGCCAGCAUGGACGACAUCUACAAGGCCGCGGUAGAGCAGCUGACAGAAGAACAGAAAAAUGAGUUCAAAGCAGCCUUUGAUAUCUUCGUGCUGGGCGCCGAGGAUGGCUGCAUCAGCACCAAGGAGCUGGGCAAGGUGAUGAGGAUGCUGGGCCAGAACCCCACACCUGAGGAGCUGCAGGAGAUGAUCGAUGAGGUGGACGAGGACGGCAGCGGCACAGUGGACUUCGAUGAGUUCUUGGUCAUGAUGGUUCGGUGCAUGAAGGACGACAGCAAAGGGAAGUCUGAGGAGGAGCUGUCCGACCUCUUCCGCAUGUUUGACAAGAACGCAGAUGGCUAUAUUGACCUGGAGGAGCUGAAGACAAUGCUGCAGGCCACAGGUGAGACCAUCACGGAGGAUGACAUCGAGGAGCUCAUGAAGGACGGUGACAAGAACAACGAUGGCCGCAUUGACUAUGAUGAGUUCCUGGAGUUCAUGAAGGGGGUGGAGUAG